AUGGCUCAAGAGCAAGAUGGGAUGGCUGGAGAGGAGGGGGAGAGGAAGGAAAGAGGGAAAACUUGCCCGGCGUCGCCUUCCUCGUAUCUGCACGGGCUUCGGGCGGAGCUCUCCGGCGGCAAACGCGGGGUAGGGAGCGGAGAGGGCGGGGGCUGUGGGGCGGCGGCGGCAGUUCCACCCAAGCUGCAGCAACCCAACCAAAGCAGACGAUCGACGACGCACCACCCGGUGCCUCCGCGAUCCAGCCCCAGCAACAUCGCCACCGGCAAGAGGGUACACCCUUCCGACGCCGACGCCAUUCACCACAGCUGCCCCGACGCCGCGGAUGAUGAUCCAAAGCCGGCGCUCUACACGGUGUGGAAGAGGUCCAGCAUGGGCUUCCAGGGCACCGAUGGCUUCUCCGUCUACGACGCCGCCGGCGCCCUCGCCUUCCGCCUCGACAACUACUCAAGGCGCCGCAAGCUCUUCGCCGGCGAGAUCCUGCUCAUGGACGGCCAAGGGGCUCCCCUUCCGGCACUCCGCCCACAGAUUCUCAGCAUGCGCGAUCAGUGGAACUGUUACAGAGCAUCAGAAGAAGCCGGUGACAAGAGCUCCUCCAGGCGGCAACACCUCUUCUCCAUGAGGAAAUGCUCACUUGUAAAAAGCAAUGACGAAGCAGAGGUGCACAUAUCAGGAUGCACCACCUUAUCAGAUCAUGACUCCCGAGCUCCUAGCUUCAGGGUGCAGGGUAGCUUCUGGAGGAGAAGCUGCAAGAUCCUUAAAGGCAACGGGGAGGAGGUGGCUGGGAUAACCAGGAAGAAGGCCGGAGCUGUGUCGGAGACGGUCCCACUUGGCGAAGAUGUCUUCAGCCUUACCAUCAUGCCAAAUGUCGAUCGCUCAAUGAUCAUGGCUUUUGUUGUCAUUUUGGACCGUAUCUGCCAGAAGCCAUACAAACUUUUAAUGUGUUCUUCGUAGUUCAUCCCUUCAAGCUUCCAGGUGCUGAAGCCCUAUUUGAACCCAUGAAACUUGAAGCUGAAAGUGAUGGACACUAAAAUUCAAGAAGGGCGGUCUAAUGAGGUGCUGAGGCAGUGAGUUCAGAUAGGUAGAGACUGAACGUGCUAAUUGAAGCUGUGGACUGACUGAAGCCAACAUGUAACAUAUCCUAACAUUUUUGAAGCAAAAGACGGAAAUUUAGAUUUCAACUGGAGUCCUGCAUUGCAACGCAUGCUGGAUUCCUGUGAUGUAA